CUCUCUCUCUCUCUCUCUCUCUCUCUCUCUAAAGUCUAAUCUCAAUACUCAAUCGUCUCAGCUAAUGGGCGCUAGGCAGUCGGCACAGAGGAGGAGCAGAGAUAAAGCUUAGCCAUCGUCGAGGAAGCGAGUCGGAGAGUGUGUUGGUUUCUCGUAUUCUCUCUUUUAUUCUUUUCUAAAGAGGUUUUGGCUUUUACCCAUUACCCCCUUUUGUAAGACAUCCUCUGUUUCUCUCUCACUGAGGGUUGCAGAAUUCAGAUCUGUUGCCAUUGCAGCGUUCAGUGUCGUUAUGGUUGUUCUUGCUGGCCUCGUGUGUUCUUGAGCUGCUUCCGAGUUUGAGCUUGAACAAAACCACUAUAACUGUAAGAAUGGCGGCUCAUAGGCCACCUUCUAAGAUUGCUCGUGCAGACACUGGGAUGGAUUCGAUGGAAGGAGGGUCGCCUUUGAUUGGGCUUGGACUGGGGCUUGGGUCUGGGCUUAACAAUGGGAAGUCUGUUUUCACCUUUCUACAGUUGCAGGAGCUAGAUCACCAAGCUCUCAUCUUUAAAUACAUGGUUGCAGGCGUACCUGUCCCUUUCCAUCUCGUCCUUCCUAUCUGGAAGAGUGUUGUGAGCUCCUUUGGUGGUGUUAAUGGUGGUAUCUAUCAACACUACCCAAGCUUUUUAGGUUGCAGUAAUUUCUGUUUCGACUACAGAAACAGUAUGGAACCAGAACCAGGGAGGUGUAGGAGAACUGAUGGAAAGAAAUGGAGGUGUUCCAAGGAUGUGGUUCCAGAUCAAAAGUACUGUGAGCGGCACAUGCACCGAGGCCGCAACCGUUCAAGAAAGCAUGUGGAAGCCUCUAAAAUCACUACCACCACUGCUAGUUCAAACGCCAAUCUCAACACUUACAAAGGCAUUGGGAACUCAUCUUCAAACUCCAAUCUCUCUGUUUCAGUCCCAGUAAGUACCCUUCAACUCAUGACCAACAAUAACAGCAACAACAAUGGCAUCACCCCCACCCCCACCCCCACCCCCACCAGCACCAGCACCAGCACCAGCACCAAUGUUUCUUCAAGCUUGGGUUUUUCUCCAAAGAGUGUUCUUCUGAGUGGUAUCUGUAAGACAGAAUCAACUUUGUAAUGUGGGAUUAGUUUUGCUUUGCAUGAAUAAAUAGUCCUGCUUUCUACCAAAAAAGGAUUUUAGGGGGGUUUAGGUUUUUUUAAGGAUAGUUUUUGUUGAAGGGUUUUGUCUCAAACGGAGGAGGCAGACGCUCAUGGUCAUGACUCAUGAGUGAGAUAUGGUAUUGUUUGGUGGUGGGGGAGAAGACUGGUUGGUUGGUUGGUUAGUUAAUGAGUGUUUUAAGUGUUAUAAGUUGACCCUACAUGUUUGCUUUCUUUGGUUCAUGUAUGUAGAUUGUGGACAAAGAAUUUCCUC